UGACUACAUGGGUGAAUUCAUCGAAAUCGUAAACUCAACUCAGCGGUCUUCCUUCUUUUUCCCUCUAAAAAAUUCCCAAAAACUUUCCAGCUCUCUCUCUCUCUCUCUCUCUCUCUCUCUGUGAUACCCUAAAUUCCGAAUCAGCUGUAGAAGACGAAACAAAAAGGAGAAUGGAAUUGGAUUCUGUCUCCUUAUCAUUGGUGUCUGUUCUUCUCAUUCACCCAUUUUUUCACAUCCACUGGUUUUUCCUGCUUCCUGUUUGAUGAAUUGGGAAGUGGGCUGUAAGGCUGUAACUCAAUGCGCAAUUGCAGCUCUGCUCAACUGCAAUCUAUUCGUAUACCUGGAGAUGGCAGUUGUUUAUUUCGGGCUGUGGUUCAUGGUUCUUGUCUGAUAAGAGGGAAGCCAGCUCCAAGUGAGAGUCUCCAAAAGAAACUUGCAGAUGAACUUAGGGACAAGGUUGUUGAUGAACUAAUCAAGAGACGUAAAGAUACUGAAUGGUAUCUUGAAGAUGAGUUCGACAGAUAUGUCUGUCAGAUGAGACAAAAACAUGUUUGGGGUGGAGAACCUGAGCUUCUCAUGGCCUCACAUGUGCUAAAGAUGCCCAUCACAGUUUACAUGCUUGAAAAGAAAUCCAACGACCUCAAAACUAUAGCAGAAUAUGGACAAGAGUAUGGAAGACAGAAUACAGUCUACGUUCUUUAUCAUGGCUAUGGUCAUUAUGAUGCAUUGAAGAGCAAUCCCUAGCAUAAAUGAUAUAAGUCAGCCCGUGACACCUGGAUAAUCGAUCUACCAAAGUUGAGAUAUAGAACUUCAUUUGCGGUUGGUUAUGUUCUUCAUCCGCCCUUGGAGUUUGCAGCUUUUCAAGGGUUUUUAAGACAACUAGACAAGGUGUACAUAUUGUUGAACUCGCUCAUUCGCUUUUACUUGUAUCUACUGUUAUGGACUCACCUGAAAUCGACUUUCUUGUAAUCUGCUAGAUAGUUUGUACUUUUCUUACUGUUAUGCGUAAAAGCUGCACAAUGUACAUUUUUUCUUGUGUUCAGCUUGGAGGCAGAAACAGCCUUCUUGCUAAUAUUACUUGAUUGAAGUUGUAAUGAUUAUUUUCUAUGCGCGUUGGACAUUUAUGAGCGGGAUAAACUGGGUAUAAUGAUAAUCAUUUUACACCUAUGAUGAGUGGACAAAUAUAUCUUAAGGCAUGUCCAUUCAUCUGCUGCCCAGACUGAGUUCAAAAUAUAGGUGUUCAACGGGCCGGGCCGGGUCAAAAUUUAAAUGGUUUGGGUUGGUGGGUCAUGUCAAAUGUUAAACAGGUCGGGGAGGGUCAAAGCCUAUUUAAAUACGACUCACUUUGAUCCUUUUUUAAAAGUUCAUAAAAUAGUUUUUUUAUUAUAAUUUAUGGCUCGUAGGGUCAAUUUAACUAUCUAUAUAAUAAUAUUAUAUAAAAAUAUUUUAAAAAAAGUGGAAAAAUAUUUUUUACAACCAAUUACUAUAAUUAUCCAGCCUAGCUCGGCCCUUAACACAAAGGCCCAUUAAUGACCCGACCCUUGAUCUGUUGGGUUGAGCCGCCCUGUUGAACACCUCUACUUCAAAAGUUCGAAUUGAUGUUGCGUAGUUGCUAAUGUGCGUGACGGUGAUGGAGCUGAUGGUUUCACAAUUAUAAGCUCCAAUUCAUGUUAAAGCAAGAUAGAGGAAGGCUGAUGCAAGAUGGGUGCAGCAAGAUAUCGCCGUAACCAUACGCUUUUAGGAGAUACGCCCAGCCUUUGAUGCUAUAAGAGCAUUUUCAUAUGACAACAUUACUCGGGCAUGUCCAUGUGAUUUUGGCGCAUGAGUAAACGUCAUUCUUGAGUCUAUAUGAAAAAAUUUAGGACCUUUAAAAUACACAAUAUUAUGACGAUUGUAAAGUGAUCCAUUGCAUAUGUUAGAACAUAUUCAGUUUAGUUAAAUACUUUUGGGGUGGAUGUAUUGUAAGUUGUGAUAGGUUGGUUUUCAGCUGAAGUCUAGAGGCAAAGACAGAAAAUAAAAGUUGAGAGAGUCGGAAAACUAUGAAACAAUAUUAGCAAUAUAUAAUUGAUAAAUCUGUGAUGGCCGAGCUAGAAAAUUAGGUCAUAAAAAUUGAUUGAGAAAUGCCGCGACAGACGGGCUCUUGCCGC